AUGGCACCUCAAUCCAGGUUAUCCUGGAUAGUGGUGUGCUUUUGUGUCCUGCUGAUUGCUUUGCCCGGCUGCGAGCAAUGGUCCUUCCUCAGUUCACAGCGUUUGAGCCGAGGCAGCUAUUUCAGAAGCCGUCCAAGGAGGCCUCUUCGAAACUCCAAUCCAAAAGAUGAAGGUAUGACGCCAAAGUUGCCUGAGUCCGAACCUUGCACAUGCUCUGAAUGUUGGCGAAGCAGCUUGUUGCGAGGUCUUGGAGGAACAGCUGCAGGUGUCGGCUUGGUUUGGGCAUCAAACCAGUCACCUGAGAAGCUGAGCCAGAAGUUCUUGGUGCAGGAAAUGGCUGGGAUGGCCAACUAUGAGCGCACAGUGCGUCAACGAAAGGAACAAAUCUUCCAAAAGGCCAUACCUCCAGGCGUCGAAAGGCUUGUUGAAGUUGGCGUUGGUGCUGGCGUGAACUUCCCCUACUUCAAGAAUGCUGGCGUGAAUGAGGUGAUUGCGGUCGAGCCGAACUUGAAUUUUUUGCAAUCAGCAGAGGCUGCAGCUAAGUCUGCAGAUAUCCAGCUCCAAGUUCGCCAAGGAGUCAUGGAGGAGAUGCCUUUCCCUGAUGGCUCCAUGGACGUGGUUGUGGGCACUUUACUGCUGUGUUCCGUUCAAGAUCUGCAGCGAUCCAUUGCCGAAGUCAAGCGAGUUCUUCGGCCGGGAGGGCGCUACAUCUUUACAGAACAUGUAGCUGCCAAACAAGGAGAUUGGCUUCGAUCAGCUCAAGACCUACUUGACCCCUUGCAGCAGGCAUUUGCAGCUGGCUGCCAUUUGACGCGGCAGCCAUUGCCACUGAUUCGGGAAACGUUCCCAACAGUUUCCGCUGAGAGUUGGAGCCUCUUUGAUGACGAGUUUGCAGGUGAUGGAAAGGCUGCUUUGCCGCCGCAUUUUCUUUUGGCACCCCACAUCUCAGGCUACGCAGAGGCAUAG